AUGGCGGACCCGUCAACCACCCAUUCCAUCCCGUCAAGUCUGGCCAAUUAUGAACUUGACAAGAGCCAUCCGUUAACACCUACCCAUGCCCUGGUAGUCCACCUUCCCACUCCGCUCAAUACCCACAGCCCAUCCAAAAUCGAAGACCUCACACCUCGACUUCAUUCCCUCUUUUCUCCAACCUUAGGGAUAACAGAUGGUGCACUACUCUCUGCACACAAAGUCUCCAAUUUGUCGCCCCCUCCACCUGUGAAGUAUAAGAUUGCAAAGCGGAACCAUAUUGGUACCCACUUGGCUCUCUUGGAUGUACAGGGACAUGAAAUUGGAGAAUGGAAGCUUCCUAUUUUGAGGCACGAUGGUGGGAAGGGGCAAUUGUUAUUCCCUUCUGGAGUUCCAGGAGUGGAUGAAGGAGUCAAAGAAUCCUUGAAGCUAAAAUAUGUUGAGAGUACGGCAAAUAGCGGCGAAGUGACCAUGGGAAGCCAUCAUGGUCAAGGGAAAAGGAAGUUGGAGGCUUUUGUCAAGAAUGGCGUGGUGUAUUUAUGGGAGGUGGACGCGGACCGGCAUGGUGAAGGCCCUCAUAAAAGAUCAUUAUUCAAGGUCAUACAAGAUGAGGAGAAUGCCCGGUCAACAAAGAGAGAGGUUGCUUCCUAUGCGCAAAGGAGUACUCGUGAGCGAGAGGGCCUGUUAGUCCUGGAUGGGAAGGAAGUAGAUGAGAUAGUUGCAGUUUUUACUCUGGUUGCUAUGCUGGAGGCCAGCGAGCACUUUUUGUAA